AUGGCAAAACGUACCUUCUCCACAUUGGAAUCAUUCCUAAUUUUCCUCCUGGUGAUGAUGACUGCGAUCACAGUGGCCCUUCUCAGUCUCUUGUUUAUCACCAGUGGAACCAUUGAAAACCACAAAGAUUCAGGAGGUCAAGAUUUUCCAUCCACUCCAAGCUCUCCAGCCACUCAGGGUGCCAACACCACCCAAAUUCCUCCAGUGACUUCCGCCCCAGAGCCUCCACUCUUUCAGAACUUCAGUGGCUACCAUAUUGGUGUUGGCCGUGCGGACUGUACAGGACAAGUAUCAGAUAUCAAUUUGAUGGGCUAUGGCAAAUCUGGCCAGAAAGCUUGGGGCAUCCUCACCAGGCUGUACAGUCGUGCCUUCAUCUUGGCGGAACCUGAUGGGUCAAAUCGCAUUGUGUUUGUCAACAUUGACAUAGGCAUGGUGUCCCAAAGACUCAGGCUGGAGGUGCUGAACAGGCUGAAGAGUAAAUACGGUUCCUUGUACAGAAGAGACAACGUGAUCCUGAGUGGCACUCACACACACUCGGGACCAGCAGGCUACUUCCAGUACACUGUCUUUGUAAUUGCCAGUGAGGGAUUUAGCAAUAGAACCUUUCAGUACAUGGUCAAUGGCAUUGUGAAGAGCAUUGACAUAGCACACGCAAAGCUGACUCCAGGCAAAAUCUUUACCAAUAAAGGGAAUGUGGAAGGUGUCCAGAUCAACCGAAGCCCUUAUUCUUACCUUCAGAAUCCACAAUCAGAGAGAGCAAGGUAUUCUUCAAAUACAGACAAAGAAAUGGUAGUGUUGAAAAUGGUUGAUCUGAAUGGAGAUCACCUGGGAUUUCUCAGCUGGUUUGCCAUACAUCCGGUCAGCAUGAACAACACUAACCAUCUUGUAAAUAGUGACAAUAUGGGCUAUGCAUCUUACCUUUUUGAACAAGAGAUGAACAGAGGACAUCUACCUGGAGAGGGACCAUACGUAGCAGCAUUUGCGUCAUCAAACCUGGGAGAUGUGUCCCCGAAUACUCUUGGCCCACAUUGUGUCAACACUGGGGAGUCCUGUGAUAACAUCAACAGCUCUUGUUCCAUUGGUGGGUCCAGCAUGUGCAUUGCUAUGGGACCUGGAAAGGAUAUGCUUGACAGCACACAAAUUAUAGGACGAGCCAUAUAUCAGAGAGCAAAGGAACUCUAUGACUCCGCCUCCCAGGAGGUAACUGGACCACUGGCUUCUGCUCACCAGUGGGUGAAUAUGACAGAUGUCACUGUCUGGCUCAAUUCAACAUACACAGUAAAAACAUGUAAACCAGCAUUGGGUUACAGCUUUGCAGCUGGCACAAUUGACGGACCUGGAGGUCUCAAUUUUACACAGGGGAAUACAGACGGAGAUCCAUUUUGGGACACCAUUCGGGACCAGAUCCUGGGCCAACCAUCUGAAGAAAUCAAAGAAUGUCAUAAACCAAAGCCAAUCCUUCUUCACACUGGUGAGUUGACAAAACCUAACCUGUGGCACCCAGAUAUUGUUGAUGUUCAGCUUAUUACUCUUGGGUCCUUGGCCAUAACUGCCAUCCCUGGGGAGUUGACGACUAUGUCUGGACGAAGACUCCGGGAAGCUGUUCAAGCAGAAUUUGCAUAUUAUGGGAUGCCGAAUAUGACUGUUGUUAUUUCGGGUCUAUGCAAUGUUUAUACACAUUACAUUACCACUUAUGAAGAAUACCAGGUUCAGAGGUACGAAGCAGCAUCUACUAUUUAUGGGCCACAUACUCUGUCUGCUUACAUCCAGCUCUUCAGAGGCCUUGCUAAAGCCAUUGCCACGGACACAGUAGCCAACCUGAGCAGAGGUCCAGAGCCUCCAUUUUUCACACAACUGCUGAUCCCUCUAAUUCCUAACAUUGAGGAUAAAGCACCACUAGGCAAAAAUUUUGGAGAUGUUUUACAGCCAGCAAGAUCAGAAUACAGAGUGGGAGAAGUUGCUGAAGUUAUAUUUGUAGGUGCAAACCCAAAGAAUUCAGCAGAAAACCAGACCUAUCCCACCUUCCUCACUGUGGAGAAAUAUGAGGCCACUUCAGCAUCAUGGCAGACAGUGCAUAACGACGCCUCCUGGGAUACUUAUUUUUAUUGGCACAAGGGAUUAGCGGGCCACAGCAAUGCAACGAUAGCGUGGCAUAUUCCAGCCACUGCCCAGCCUGGACGCUACAGAAUAAAAUACUUUGGACACAGUCGGAAGCAGACUAUUUUCAAGCCUCCAGUAAUACUUCCAUUUGAAGGCACAUCCCCUGCUUUUGGAGUUGUAACUGCUUAG